UAUUGUGCCCGGUGCUAUAGCUACUAUUAUCGAGUUGGUUCCUGCUUGGAUUACUCUGCAGUGCAUCUGCAGCUGCAUUUUCCGGUUUCACGUGGCGCUGCAUCUGUCUCGAUAGGCGCAGUGGUGGCUUGCAGCCUCAGCCCUGCCCGACCGCGUCAGCUAUGACAGAAGCCUUGGAAUCAAGGAACAUACGUAGACGAAAUGUUAUCGAUAUCUCAUCGACAUGACUGGAUUGCGUUUUGUUGAUGCAAUCAGCAAGCUUGACAUUGAGUUGUGGCACCAAAGGUGAGCGCCCCGAUCUUACACAGCAAGUGUUUCACGUUCGCGCACUUUGCUUUCUGACUGUGUUUUGUGCAAUUGUGCAUGAUUUUGUUUUCUCGUAUGAUUCACGAUGUUUUCGCCGUUCAGCUCGACUUGGUGAUUUUCUGCAGACCGACAAAGGCCCUUUUUUCACCGGCUGGGCAGUAGUAUCAUUAAUCACGUGCUGCCAUCUUGCACUGCCUCUUCCAAGUUUCUUGGAGAAAUUGACUUCCGAAACCAUCUCAAACUACAAUAUACCAUACGGAAAGGCCCGAGGAAAACCUGGGGUAAUUACUAAGGAUGAAUUAUCCGGUGGUAGGAAUAUGUAAUAGUGUGCGAUUCAACAUGGUUGGCUGGCUGCGCCACGACUCUAGAGCCACUUCACGA